UUGUUGUUUUAAUUUUCUUUUUUAUUCGUUAUAUUGAUAACUCACUCUCUUUGCACUUACUUUCAAACAGCCGUACAGCACAGGGUGCACAAAAUAUUGAAUACUGAGCACUGACAGCGCCCUGAGGAAAACGCACGAGACGAAAUUAAAACUUUUUUUUGUAAUCACUUAAUUUGUUCAUUAGUGAGUUAAAUCCUUACGCCGACUUUUCGGGGGUGAUUGAUGAAGUAAAGUGGCUGACCGGGCACGAGUGCACGCCGCUGGAGUCCGUGUGCCGGAGAGAGCGCGGUGCGGGUGGACGGUCCGUGGAGGCGCGCACAGUUCGGCAGGGCGAGCCGCUGUCACCGCGCGCAGUGCUGAGGAGAGAGACUCGCGCCUCCAUAAAUGCCCGGUCCGUCGAAGAGGCUCGAGGCUGGGCAGCAAGAUGAGCUCGUGGGUACCGCUGCUGCUCGCUGUGCUGGCGGCGUGUCUGCGGUGUGGCGCAGCCGAGGGGGACCCUCUGCCUGCAGCCCUGGUGGAGCUGGUUAGAAGCAGUCCCAUCUCGUCCAUAGAAGACCUUCAGCUGCUGCUGCUCACUGACUCCGUAGAUGAGGAGGACGAAACUUCACCAGCCAAUGGAGGUCACAGACUACCAAGGAGUUUGGAUGCCCAGCCGGCCCAGCAGGCUCUGUGUAAAGUUCGUACAGAGGUGGUAGAGGUCACCAGGGCUAUGUUGGACCGCAGCAAUGCCAACUUCCUGUUAUGGCCACCAUGUGUCGAGGUGCAGCGCUGCUCUGGCUGCUGCAACACCAAGAGCCUGCAGUGUGUCCCUGUCCUCACACACACCAGAUACCUGCAGGUCAUGAAGAUCCAGUAUGUUAAUAAAAGACCCUCCUAUGCUAAAGCUGUGGUGUCGGUGGUGGAUCAUGUGGAGUGUCGCUGCCAGCCUGCCCCACGGUUGCCAGCGCCCAAGAAGAAAUCCUCUCGCAGACAGCAGAGUCACAAUAAGGAGCACCAUCGAAACCAGACCCUCAGCCAUGGACAGGGACAAGGACAGAGCAAGGCACGCUCCAAAGAAGAGCUCCAUCAUUGGGAUGAGCUGAAGCACAACCAAAGGGUUCAGGUGGAUGACCAACUGGAACAACAGUGGAGCCCCAGAGGAGACACUUUCACUCAGCCUGGAGAUGGGUACAGUCUGGCUGGGGAAGGCAUAUCACGGUCUAGGGAGGCUAUUCUCUAUGUUCCACAUUGGGAACAUAACUCCACCAGGCCCCUCGGGACUAAAGAUGUGACUGAGAGUCAGGAAAAUGUGGCGAGAAAGUCUGGGAGAAUCUCAGAUCAGGACUCUUCUUCAUUUGAUAACACUGGAGCUGGUGUUAGUGUUGAGGAAAAGGACAAGUGGGUAGAAGCUGGAGAUAAGUUGCUGCUUAACAGUACCGAGGGAAAGGUUAAGAUGACGGGAAGAGAGGAGGACCGUCUUAGCUACAUUGAUGAAAACGUGACCAGGGAUCAUGGAAUACAGAAACAAGACAGACAAACAGACAGCCCUUCAUGGCAAGAAGACAGAUCCAAGGUUUUACAUGAUCUCUCUCAGGCUGCCACCCAGAAUCCUCAAACCGAGUUCAGUCCUACUGAGGCAACCAACGCGAGAGCUGGGAGUAGGAUCCGACCUACCAAGGAACCCAACCCAGAACCUCGAGACCACGAGAAACGGAGACCAAAUGAUACUCCAGAGGAUGAGAGGAGGUUGCAGAUCGAGGAGGAGAAACUGGAGGAGGAGAGGAAAGAACUUCUGCUCCUCCACAAGAGGCUGGAUGAAGAGAAAGAAAUACUGAAACAGCAGCAACUGAAACGAGAGGAGGAGGAAAGAGAGAGGAGGAAGGAAAAGGAGAAAGAGAUUCAGCAGCACCAUCCACAUAAUAAACAUCAUCAUCAUCUGCAAACAACAACACAAAAAACAGACACAACAACUACCACUACCACACGGCCACAAUCAGCUCCAGCAGGCCCCAGGCCUCCAGCCCGUCCACCACCACCAAAAAGGAGGAUGAGGAAGAACCGCAAACGGAUCAGUAAAGCAGCUAUGAGAGCAAUGCUGAUGUAGAACAACAAUCACCCCAAGUACACAUAAUGGGUUCUUGGUAUAUUUUGUGGAUAAUCCAGAGGUGCAGCAGAGUGACUUCCUUCAUAUAAGUAUUUAUUCACCUGUCAGUAACCUGCUCGUCCUGUGAGAUCUCCUCAGUAACACUACUAAUGACUGUUUGGUAAACCUGUAACUACCCUCAGAUGGAAGGAGAUGAGGGUAAGAAGAAAAGAGGAAGGAAUAUAAAUAAAUGCGGACCUUUUCCAGAGAUUGUUUGCUCUUGGAAUCGCAGUUGCUGGUCUGACUGAACAACGAGCAUCUGACACUGACGAAAACUGUGUCCAAGUGAUGGGUUAUAUGUACGAUGGACAGUGAAGCUGCAGAACUGCGGAACAAUUCAUGUGCAAUCUGGAAACACUCUUGGAUUCCUGUUGUGAUGCAAGCAGAGAAAAGGCUGUGCUGUGUCUGGACAGAAUCAACUCGCCGUCUGGAGUGAAAGCAAACUUUUUUCUUGCUGAAGAGACUCGAUUUUCAAAUGACCACCACUCCAGACUCAGAUUCAUCCAGACUACUGUGUUCAGUUGGUCAUGAAAUGGAAUAACUCCAAGAAUCUGCUGUAUCAUAACAGAGACAAUCAGGAAAAAAGACUGUCAAAAAGAUUCUAAUGUUGACCAAAAUAAGCAGUAUUUCCGUGCAUGACAGGACUCAAUUCUGCGACUUUUUGAGCACAUACUGAGGGGUCAAUGUUGACUGUUGAACAGGAGCUCUGUAGAUUGACCGUAUCAAAGCCUGAUAUCAUUUAUUAGCUCAUUAAAGCCAUGUUGGUCUCUCUUUAAACUUAUUUAAUUCUAUUUAACUCAUUGCAAACACUGGAAAACCACAGAUGUGAUAUGAGGACAAAUUCACAAAUUGUUGCAUUAGUGAGGUUUCUUUGUUUCAAAGCCACAUUGCAGGUGUGAAGAUGAAAUGUAAGGUGCUAUCUGAAUACUGAGGGAUUGCUUUACACCAGUGACCUGUCUUUGUUCUAUGUUUCUUAUUUAUUCGUCUCUACCAUCCACUGUAGACCUGUGUUAACUUACUAUACAAAUACUGCAUAUAAGACGUGGUUUGGGUAUGUUACAAUCAUUUGAAUCUGCCAUGAUGGAUGGGUCGUCCAAACAGAAAGAAAGACAUGUAUACCCACAAAAGAGGCUUUGAAAAGGGAUCACUGCCUUCUGUUACCUACCAGUAUCAUAUACAGAGAGGUGGUGGCAAAUGAAUAACUUGUCAAAAUGUGUGUGUGUGUAUGCCUGUGUGUGUCAAGCAAUGUGUGCGCGUCUGUGUGUGUAUGUAUGUCAUGCAUUUGAAUACGCAUGGAGAGGCAUACAAUAUAUUUCUGUUUUAUCACUAACUGUGAUCAUUUAAACCAAACCCAGAGAAUAACAGAGGUCCCUUGGUUGCCAACCAGUCCUUGUCUCCUUGUUUCCUUGUUUAUUUGUCUCCUUGUCUGUGAUGGAGAUGGGCGUGGGGGGCAUUUUAGACAACAGAUGCCAUGUUUAUGGGACCAGAAAGUUUUCCUCCCCGUUUGUUGCUUUAUUUGAUAAGGCCACUGGAGAUCCUGACUCUCCUCCUCUCCCUGUCUUACUCUCUCUGUUUAUUUUGUUUGCUUACAACAAUUGUGUCCCCUUUCAGUCUUCAGGGAGAAAGGAGACACAUUUCUACCUACAGUCUUGAGUGUCCUUUGUAUAAGUGCCCCCAUUGUUUUUGUUUUACUGAUCAAAAACACAUUUAUUUGACAUUUGACUUACAGGAAGGUAAAGGGGUCAAGCACAAGCACACAGGGGGUCAAUGGACUCUCACAUGAAAGUAGAAUAGUAAAAAGCCAAACUUUGCGAGGUAAAGAUUGUUUUUCCUUUAUGUUUUCACUUAUGUGAUAAAGAUGCGAGAGUAAGUUCAGAUAAUUAGGGAAAAAAGGAACACAUUGAUGAUUUUAUGUUUGUUUCCAUUAACCUAACCAGCCAAACAUUUAGUUACUGAAAAUGUGGCUUGUAUGUUUUCAUGCCAACUGAUGACUGUUAUUGAUACUUGUCUCUUUGGUAAUGAGUUAUCAGAAAGAAGAAUGUUUGUGAUAACUUUGCCACCUAAUGCUAUUUUGAUAUGGGUAUAAGA